CCCUACUGCUUUGCACCGCUUUCGUGCAUCCCAGGCUUCCAACACCAGGUAAGGGUAUCCUGCAAACUGGAUUCCGGUUGGCUGAUGCAAACAAGAGCUUUUGGGUAGGUAAACUAAAAAGGAGUGAUCAGUCUCAGCUCAAAAAUUCCCAUGGUCGAGAGCCCAAGUAUAUAAAGCAGCUGUUCCCACCGGUGGGGCCUCAAGAAAGGUGAGGCUGAUGGGAGAAGUCGAGCAACUAACUACAAGCCCCAGCAUGCAAUGCACAAUUUGGCUCCCGGAAAGAGGCGCGCUGUGCAGCGGAAAGCAGCCUUGGCCGGCAACACGAGUCGUGCGCGAGAUGCUGACGGUCAGCCAACCAGAAUGCUCAGAAUGAGGAAGAGAGGCGGGGCGCUGUGAGCGUCCCCUUAGAUCUCGUAUCUAUGACUCUCCAGUUUCCGGGUCUCCUGGCCCGCUAGGGAGGGGGUUCUCUGUGCGCCAGCCUCUUCCAGGCGGGUGUUAGAUCUCCACGGUCCUAAGAGCCUACGCUGUUGCCACGGAUCUCCCAGAGCCGGAUGUGACGUCGCCUUGGAGUAGGAAGGGAGAGGCGGAGCGUAGCCCAGUGACGUCCUUCCAAUAUGGCGGAGUGAGAGUGAAGAAACAGUGUUUCCCCUUGGGUUGCUAUAGAACAAGGGUAAAAUUCGUUUGUGAUAUCAAAAUGCAGUAUUCGCACCACUGUGAGCACCUUUUAGAGAGACUGAACAAACAACGGGAAGCUGGUUUUCUUUGUGACUGCACCAUAGUGAUUGGGGAAUUCCAGUUUAAAGCUCAUAGGAAUGUGCUUGCCUCCUUUAGUGAGUAUUUUGGUGCGAUCUACAGAAGCACUUCUGAGAACAAUGUCUUUCUUGAUCAGAGUCAGGUGAAGGCUGAUGGAUUUCAGAAACUGUUGGAGUUUAUAUACACAGGAACUUUAAAUCUUGACAGUUGGAAUGUUAAAGAAAUCCAUCAGGCUGCUGACUAUCUCAAAGUGGAAGAGGUGGUCACUAAAUGUAAAAUAAAGAUGGAAGAUUUUGCUUUUAUUGCUAAUCCCUCUUCUACAGAGAUAUCUAGUAUUACUGGAAAUAUUGAAUUGAAUCAACAGACUUGUCUCCUUACUCUACGAGAUUAUAACAGUCGGGAGAAAUCAGAAGUGUCUACAGAUUUAGUUCAGGCAAAUCCUAAACAAGGGGCUUUAGCAAAGAAGUCAUCUCAAACUAAAAAGAAGAAGAAGGCCUUCAACUCCCAGAAAACACGUCAGAAUAAAACAGUGCAAUAUCCCAGUGACAUUUUAGAAAAUACGUCUGUUGAACUAUUUCUAGAUGCAAAUAAAUUAUCCACACCUAUAAUAGAACAAGUUGUACAAAGAAAUAAUUCAGAACUUGAGUUGACAUCAGUUGUAGAAAAUACUUUCCCAGCACAAGAUAUCGUGCAAACUGUUACAGUGAAACGGAAACGUGGAAAAUCACAGCCAAACUGUGCUCUGAAAGAACACUCUAUGUCUAAUAUAGCCACUGUCAAGAACUCUUAUGAGCUGGAGAGCUCUGGGGAAGAGCUGGAUCAAAGGUAUUCCAAGGCCAAACCAAUGUGUAACACAUGUGGGAAAGUGUUUUCAGAAGCCAGCAGCUUAAGAAGACACAUGAGAAUACAUAAAGGAGUCAAACCUUAUGUCUGCCACUUGUGUGGAAAGGCUUUUACCCAGUGUAACCAGCUGAAAACACAUGUAAGAACUCAUACAGGUGAGAAGCCAUACAAAUGUGAAUUGUGUGAUAAAGGAUUUGCUCAGAAAUGCCAGCUAGUCUUCCAUAGUCGCAUGCAUCAUGGUGAGGAAAAACCUUAUAAAUGUGAUGUAUGCAAUUUACAAUUUGCAACUUCUAGCAAUCUCAAGAUUCAUGCAAGGAAGCAUAGUGGAGAGAAGCCAUAUGUCUGUGAUAGGUGUGGACAGCGAUUUGCCCAAGCCAGCACAUUGACCUAUCAUGUUCGAAGGCAUACGGGAGAAAAGCCUUAUGUGUGUGAUACCUGUGGAAAGGCAUUUGCUGUCUCUAGUUCUCUUAUCACUCAUUCUCGAAAACAUACAGGUGAAAAACCAUACAUAUGUGGUAUUUGUGGGAAAAGUUUUAUUUCCUCAGGAGAGCUCAACAAACACUUUCGAUCCCAUACAGGAGAAAGACCAUUUAUAUGUGAACUAUGUGGAAAUUCUUACACAGAUAUUAAAAAUUUAAAGAAGCACAAAACAAAAGUCCAUUCUGGUACAGAUAAAAUUCUAGAUUCCAGUAUAGAGGAUCAUCCCUUGAGUGAAAAAGAGUCCAUACAAAAAAGUCCUUUAUCAGAAACUUUGGAUGUGAAGCCUUCUGAUAUGGCUUUACCACUGACUCUUCCACUUGGGACUGAGGACCACCACAUGCUUCUGCCUGUCACAGAUAAUCAGUCUCCUACAUCAGAUGCAUUGUUGAGAUCAACUGUGAAUGGGUAUUCAGAACCACAACUGAUUUUUUUACAGCAGUUAUACUGACUUUGUGAGGAAUAUGGAAUUGCUAAGGUGUCUCUGGUAGUAAACAUAAACAUCUCUGGUAAGGUGCAUAUAUUCAUAUUAAAUUAACCAUUUAUUUGGGUUGUGGCCAUUAUUUUUCACUGACUAAAGUAAAAGCACCUGAUGCUGCAUCACAACUGUGCAGUGCUUGUUUUGACAUUUGGCUUUCGUAUUCAGGUUAUACACACAGCAUUUGAAGGGGUAAAUUAUACUACAGUAGCACUAUUUUGCAUGGAUAAGUUUUACUUUAUUUUAGAGCUGCCUUAAUUCCAUUUUUUAAAAAGUUUUACUGAAGUAUAUUUGAUUUACAAGGUUGUAAUAAUUUCUUGCUGUACUUAAUUCCAUUUUUAUUUUGCAUUUUAGACUUGCCUUCCAUUUACUGAAGUAGAAUCUAUCACUUUAUGCUUCAGUUUUGACCUGUGGGAUUUAUUUUCUUCCCCUCAAAAUUUAAACAGAAUCAGUGAUAGUAUCAGACCAAGACUGGUGCUGUUACUAAACCUCAUAGACCAAUACAUAAACUAUAGGGGAAAAAAAUUCAUAUAUAUCCUAAGAGAAUUUAGGUACUGAUUAAAAAUUGUGCUAUUUCUCUAUUAAUACAGCCCUUUGGAGGUAUCUUUUCUAAUGAGACAAAAAAUGCUUUUCUUAAAAGCUAUAGAACUGUAUAUAAAUUUUGUUCAUUUAGAACUCAGUAUUCUGGAGAAAACCAAUGGUCAGUAGUUUUGAGUUAUCUAAGACUACAUUUUCAAAAUGAAUUUAAAUAUAUACUUGGUUUUUUAUCUUAGUAAAGACAGUUUCAAAUUUGAUCCAUUGUGUUAAUAGGUUUCUAGAUUACUGGAGAUGAGGAAAAUAUAUACUGAGUUUUGAAAUUUUUUGAUAAGCCUCUCAUACCUCUUAUGCACUUUUUAAAAUAAAAAAAAUCCUAAAAAGAAUUUUCUAAAUAGAAACUUAAUGCAUAGUAUAAAACACUUGGCUUCUGAAUUUGAUACAUUAUAUUAAUAAGUAAUUAAGAAAUUAACUUCAAUUAAAAGUAAACAUUUGAGUUAUCAGAAAGCCAGUUUAUUAAACAUUUUAUACUUGAGUUUUCUAUAAGUUUCAAGUUUUAAAAUUUUAUAGCUUAAACCACAACAGUUGGUAGUAGUUGUAGUUUCACAGUAUCCCUUUCCCUUCCUAAUGAACUUAGAAAAUUCAGAUUGAUUCUGAUAUUUACUACCACUCUUCCCUAUCCCAUUUUCCCCACACUAAUUAAUUUCACUGUCUAACCUUUAGGGCAUUAAAGUAUCAGUUCCACAAAGUUAGUUCCUGUACUGCUUAUCAGACACCAUGGUGACAUUAUUUCCUACUUCUGCCAUGCAUUAGUUGUGGCUUAUUUUUUUUUUUCUUCUUUUAAAUUACACCUGUAAUAAAAUUAAUGUAUUUUCUGUUGGUAUUGUUUUCUUUAAUUGUAUUUUUUCUGGGGUCCUAGUCAUAGGAACUAACUAGAAGACUUAGAACUACUAAAUUAUUGUAAACUAUACAGAUAUCACCAUUUCAUUGCACACUCAGCAUUUUCACAAUAAAUUGCCACAGUGGGAUUGACUUAAUCGAAGAGAGUUUGAAAUAUUGCCUUUGUAUAAUAUACAUCAAACUUAGUAUUUAUCUAAGAAAUCUAAUUAUACCUAUGUGUUAACUUAAUAUACUGGGUUUAAAUACAAUUUAUAAGGUUAUAAAAAUGUUCAAGUAAUCUAUUCUGGCUUAAAUUCAAUAGGAGUUUAUUGAAAUGUGAAGAAAUUAAAGAAAAGACUCAGACUUUUUAAGUCUAUUGAAAUGGAGAGGUUUUAUUUAAUUCAUAUUUUCAUUAAUCCAAGCAUCUGAUCAACAAAAUUCCUGUUUAAAAACUGCUACACCGGAGUUCCCGUCGUGGCACAGUGGUUAACAAAUCCGACUAGGAACCAUGAGGUUGCGGGUUCGAUCCCUGGCCUUGCUCAGUGGGUUAAAGAUCCGGUGUUGCAGUGAGCUGUAGUGUAGGUUGCAGACGCGGCUCGGAUCCCGCGUUGCUAUGGCUCUGGCGUAGGCCGGUGGCUACAGCUCCGAUUAGACCCCUAGCCUGGGAACUCCAUAUGCCGUGAGAGCGGCCCAAUAAAUGGCAAAAAGACAAAAAACCAAAAAAAAACAAAAAACUGCUACACUGAUAAUCAUAAUUCCAUAAGGGUAGUAGUUACCAAAUUUCCUCUAGUACAAUGGUAAUCUGCAUUUUUCCAUUACAUAAAUUAGCUUUCAAAUUUAUUAUUUCUAGGAUUAUUGGAUUGGAGUGGCUAAGUUGAUUUAUUAAGCUUUUCUUCAUCAUAUUAUCUGCUUCUUAGCUAAAAUAAUUGUUUUUAAUUGGCAUGGCUUGAUGCUUUUCCAGAUGACAUGUAAAGAAAGCUUGAAGCCUGAUUAUCCUGUCGUCAUUCUUCUCAUAAUGCUGUAUUUUUUUUUUAUCAUAGUAUACCUAUAUUUUAGUUGUAUUGGUAGUCUAACACUCAUAAAUAUCAUUUUAGUUAAGUUCAGAUUUAAAUGUAUUUGUUACAUUGCAGUGUUUCGGGAAAGGUCUAUUCCUAAUUAAGUUUUUUGAAAGGUUUUUAAAAUGCUAAAGAUUUUAUUGAGAAACAAAUAAUUUUCUAAAUUAAUUUUGUUUUGCAUUUGUAUUAGAUUAUUCCUACUGUACUGUUAGAUUUUAGGCUUUUUAAAAAGAAACCAUAGAUUAUAUAUAAGUGAUUUCUGUUUUUAAAUGGUAUUCUAUGUUUAAUUUCAUAGGAUGAUUUUGAUAAAUUUUAGAAAAUUGGGUUUUUUCCAAAAGAAAAGGUCUGUCAGUUCUGCUGCAGCAGUUUAUCAGUCCUUUUCUGUAUGUUUCAUUUCUGCAGAAAUUGUGCAGAUGAGAGUAGUUGAAAUGUGCUUACAUAAAGACAAUUAAUAUACA